GCAUCUUCAAUUCAAUUCAAUACAAUAAAUAUAUAGUAGCACCAACAACAACAAAGUUGGAGCGGACUGAGUUCUCGUAGAAGUCUCGGAGGUGCUGUGGGCGAAAAAAUGGAGAUCGCGAGCGUCAUGCACUGGUUGCUUUGAAUUAAACACAGCAAAGCUGUUAAUACGGUGCCUCUUUGGCUGGGAACAAAAGAUAUCCAAUAUUUUUGAGCACUCGGAACACCAACGCCAUCCACAUUCAAGCAAGCAGAACUCGGCAUCCGAUAAAGGGGGCAGAAACGAGUAAGGACAAAACGUAACACAAGGAUGUGUGAAAGCCUACAAACAACAGAGGAUUGACUCUGAAUCCUUCCGUGUGCCAGCACGUAUCCUACCUGCUUUCCAUGCUACCGUACACUCGUAGCACAGAAAGCAAAAUUUGAUUUUGUAGGAACGACCCGGACCCACAACCUCCGGGAGUGAGGAAGCUACGAAACAUCGAACGAAUGAUCCAGAAAUCUCAUUCGGAUGAAACAUCCUGUCCUGGAAGUAGCCCAAUCCAACCGCUAAGUCCAAAGCCAAAGCACUCCGCCACAGAGCAAGAUGAAGAUGAGAAGAAAUAAUUAUACCGGUAUCCCACGGCGGCAAACUCGAUUGGUGCGUGUAGGAAUCCUUUCCUUCCUUCUGAUAGCCUCCAAGCCCUGGUCUUUGGAUGCAUAUCUAUGUGACUCGCUACCAGAACAGACUUGGGAGGGAUUCCUGCAGGUCAUUGAGGGAUCUUCCGGUGGCUUUGCGUUGCUGUGUCCGUUUGAAAUCAGUGGCCAAGACUGCCCCUCGUCGGCGAGUUCAGUAGGGUAUAGUCUGCCCUCCUCAACCGAUCUGUACAUUAUGUGUGAAGCACACUAUGCCGUUGGGCCGUCGCAGCUAAAUGAAGUCGAGACUUACGAGGCUGGGUGCAUCAUUGACUGCCCUGGGACGCACUUUCAAGUUGGUACAAAUGCUUCCCUAUCGAUCGACAGCUUUGUCUUACGGGGGUCGAACAAUACUGCUGUCAAGGUCAAUCCAAAUGGGGUGUUUAGUGCCUUCAACUCUUACUUUGAAGCCAACCAAAACUUGAAUGGAAAUGGAGGCGCAAUCUAUGCUGCCGAGCAAUCCCAGAUCUCCGUCAGCCAGACCUCUUUCUACGACAAUGCAGCAACCAACGGGGGAGCCAUCUACUUGCUCGGGAAUGCCCAGAUUCAGAACUCGGCCUUCACUGAGAACUCGGCAACAUCUCGAGGCUUGGACAUGGGAGGCGGAGCAAUCUAUGCUGGACAGAAUUCCCAGCUCGCGCUGUCAAACUCGUACCUAGCCAACAACUCGGCACCAGCGUUUGGACCGGCCGUGCUCGAUCUCACGGGUGGCAACAAUAUGAGCUUUGCUUCGAACACGGCUUGUGGGAAUACCGCCACAGAGCUGUUCAUGAGGUGCAAUGGAGCUCUCAAUGUCCAAAAUGGAAUAGAUGUCUGUUCAGCGUUUGAACAUGUUUGUGAAGAGAGCGUGCUAUUGACGACUCCGGCGCCCACGGAGGGAUCUCGUACUCCAUCAACGGCACCAAGCAUAGCACCAACUGCCCGUGAGCCAUCGUACCAGCCAUCACACAUACCUUCAGCAACUCCCACUGCUCUACCUUCAGAGAGCAGUCAUUCACCGAGCCUUGGACCAACGGGCCAUCCGUCACAGCCUCCAUCAGCAGUUGAAACUACAGGGCCAACUAUUCUACCUUCAAUACUUCCAUCCAGAGCAAUAAGCGUUGCUAGCAACGCACCAAGUCUUGAGCCUUCCGAUUCGUCAACACCCACCAUUUUGAGUUCAAUAUCUUCAUCAAUAGCCGGAAGCACAGACCUCCCCGGUGGAUUCUCCGUCGAAGCAACAUUGAUCGUUGCAUCCAGCACUCCAACAACGUCCACCGACUGGACUUAUCAAUCAAGCGCACCCACACCAACGCCCGCCCCUACGGAUUCAACGAUUCUAGCUUCUGUCUUAGCCCCAACAGCAGGACACUUGCCAAUAAGCAGCAAGCUGCCCACGACGACGAGUAGUCCAAGCCCAGUAUCCAUUGAUGGGGACCUGGGGAAUCUCUAUUUCGAGGAUGCAUACUACGGUAAUCCGUUUGUCCCGAUAGCAUCCACAUUUGACCCGAGCGACGCAUCUCUGUAUACCGGUACAGAAAGCCCCGACGUUAUUGAACCAUCCAUCGUUCCAACUCAAAGCCAAAGCGAUGCCCACAAUGUCUGCGAACCGCUCACUGCCGAACCGCUGCCAUCAGAGGGUGCCUAUAGGCAAGGAUCUAUUAGCCCUGCCGGACUCGAUCUUACGGAGCUCUCAAGCUGUGGCACCGUGGAGACCUUGAAAGACGGCGGAGCCUUCUACUCAAUCCAAGGCUCUGGGGCCGUCAUGAGAGCUCACACGUGCUCUUCGUUCUUCGGGAGUUUCAACUUUGACACACAGAUUGUGGUCUACCGGUCUACCAGUGGUGUCACGGACGAUACGCCUUGCAUGGAAGAUCUAGAAUGUGUGGUCUUCAGCCAUGACGACUUUUGCGGUCUACAUUCAUCUGUCAGUUGGUACGCGGAGGAGGGCUCCGUCUUCUAUAUUUAUAUCUCUGACAAAGGCACCAAUCAGGCGACAUUCCAUGGGUUGCAGCAUCACUACUCGCUCACUGUAAGCCCAACACCUGGUGGUUCGUGUAGUGCAUCACUUGCACUUGAAAUGCAUCCCACUAGUGGGGAAUUUCUGCUAGAGGAUCCAGGCAUGGACGUUUUGAGCUUGGGUGGGUCCAUUUGGUACAAAGCAGAGGGAUCUGGACUGUGGCUCAUGGCUUCUACUUGCAUGGGCAGCUUAGCAUCUCGGAUAAAAGUUUACCAAGGGAGCUGCGGACCAAGUGGUCAACUGCAGGAAGCAACUGUCAUCGAGACAGCCUGUGGCUCAGGGUACUUUGUUACGUGGCUAUCCCAGGCAGGUAACACUUACUAUCUCAAGGCAGCUGUAGAGGGAACUGACGGUUUAUAGGUAACCGAUUCCAAUGCUAAGAACGGCCACCCAUUGAGGAGUGACUUUUUGCUAAAAUCGUAUGAAUUUUUCAUUAUACUUCUUUUCGUAGAG